AAAAAAGUACCUGAUUAUUUUCUAAAAAAAUCCCAAAGCUCCAUCAAACUCUCACUCUCUCUCUGACCAUUUCAAUCUCCAUCUACAUGUGAAGCACAUUCAGACAAUACCCAUUUUUUCAAAUUCUACAUCUUCAUUCUCUCAAAGAGCAUUUUUUGUUUUUGUUUUGUUUUUUAAGGAAAAAACAAAAAACCCACUUGCAUUAAGACUUGAAGAAGAAGUGCAAGGAGAUUGAACAUUUGAAGAAGAACCCAAAUGGCAGGAACUGCAGGAAUGGCAAAGGAGAAACCCCAGUUAGCCAUUCUUGGAGCUGGGAUUUUUGUGAGGAAUCAGUACAUUCCAAGACUAGCUGAGAUCUCUCACCUCUUCAACCUUAAAGCCAUUUGGAGCCGCACUGAGGAAUCGGCGAGACGUGCAGUUGAGAAUGCUAGUAAAUACUUUCCUGGAGUGCUAUGUAAGUGGGGGGUUAAGGGUCUUGAUGAAAUCAUCCAUGAUGAUUCAAUACCUGGGGUUGCUGUGGUUUUGGCUGGACAUACACAGGUUGAUAUAUCACUGAGGCUGCUGAAGGCCGGGAAGCAUGUCCUUCAAGAGAAACCGGCGGCAGCUUCUGCAAGUGAAUUGGAAACUGCACUUGCACGCUACAAUGCUAUUUGUGCAAAUCUUUCUGACCAACCCAUUUGGGCUGUGGCAGAAAACUACCGAUUUGAGCCUGCUUUUGUUGAGAGCAAGAAACUAAUUGCUGAGAUUGGGGAUAUGAUGAGCGUUCAAGUUAUUGUUGAAGGAUCAAUGAAUAGUUCAAACCCAUACUUCUCAAGCACUUGGAGGCGCAACUAUACUGGGGGAUUCAUUCUGGAUAUGGGGGUACAUUUCAUUGCAGGAUUGAGGAUGCUUGUAGGAUGUGAGGUAGUCUCUGUAUCAGCUAUGACAACUCAUGUGGAUCCAGACUUACCCCCACCAGAUAACUUAUCCUCUCUGUUUCAACUGGAGAAUGGAUGUUCUGGAGUUUUUGUGAUGGUUGUUUCAUCCAGAUCCCCUCAGAUACUCUGGCGCGUUGUUGGCUUAAAGGGAACAGUGCAAAUUGAGCGUGGACAUAUUGAUGGACAACAUGGUUACCUGGUAUUAUUUUUUAGUGCUGAUGGGCAGCGGAAAAGCUCCUUCUACCCAUUUAGUGGAGUGGAUGCGGAAUUAAAAACUUUUAUACAUGACGUAUCACAGGCUACGCAUAAGAAGGGGAGUGACUAUGAAGUUGAGCCUCGCCUAUCUUUUCUGGAAGGUGCCAGAGAUGUUGCUAUUCUAGAUGCAAUGCUUGAAUCUGGAUCAAAGCAAGGGGCCCUAGUUCAAGUGAAAAAAUUUUAGCUUACUGAUGGGAUUUAUUCUUUACCAACAUGAUUGUAACAGCUUUGGUAUAUAUAUAUUUGAGAAUUGAGAUGCUUUAUGAUUUUCA